AUGCUAUCACUUCGAUUCUCACUUCCUCCUUCCAAUAUUACACUUACCAACAGAAAACAAUAUAAUUUUCAUACAAAAUAUCCCAAGGUUCUUGCAACUAGUACUAGUUCCAAUAUUAUUAAUGCGACUGGGGAAGUGACACUGCCAGAGGGCCUCAAACAUGUUGCAGUAAUCAUGGAUGGUCAUAGAAGGUGGGCAAAACUGAAUGGCUUGACUGUAAUGCAAGGUCACCAUGCUGGCGAGGAGAAAAUGAAAUUCCUCAUUCGCCUUUGUAACCAGUGGGGAGUCAAAGUUCUCACUGUCUUUGCAUUUUCUACUGAAAAUUGGAUUCGCCCCAAAGAGGAGGUUGACUUUCUCAUGAAGUUGUUUUUAGAGCUGCUCAGCUCACAAGAAAACUUGGAUGAGUGGACGAGGGAUGAUACACGAGUAUCAUGCUGCAUUGGGGAUAAGUCAAACUUUUCCAAGUCUCCACAGGAGGCUAUCACCUUGCUGGAGGAGAAGACAAAGUCUAAUUCGGGACUGCAUGUCAUGAUAGCACUCAAUUAUAGUGGACGACAUGAUAUACUACAAGCAACCAAAAGAAUUGCCACUAAAGUAAAUAAUGGACUUAUUAAAGUGGAAGAUAUAGACAAGAGCCUAUUUGAACAAGAAUUGGAAACUCAUUUUGCCGAAUUUUUUGAACCAGAUUUAUUAAUUCGAACAAGUGGAGAGCAAAGAGUUAGCAACUUCUUGUUAUGGCAAUUAGUUUAUACUGAACUCUAUUUUGCAAAAAAGAAGUUUCCAGACAUGGAAGAAGCUGAUUUCAUCGAGGCUUUUAUGUCGUUUCAGCCAAGAAACAGACGUUACGGUGGAAGUAAUAUUCAAGAAAUGAAAAUCCUAGUUAAAAAUAUGCAUCGAAUCGCGAGCAAAGCUCGACACUGCUAG